GGCGGGCCGGCAUCCCAAACGGAAGGUGGUAGUAGCUGCCGGAGCUGGUUUGAAACUGGUGGUCGGCCCCGGUGAGUGUGUAGCUGAGGUGCUGCUUGGAGGGCUAGGCCGCUCCUGACCGCCCCGGGCCCCGCCUCCCCUCGGACCUGCCGACCCAAGCCGGGCUCCCCAGCCUGUCUCGUGCCCCGGUCCGCUGCCUCUCCGGCCGGCUCUGCGGCCCAGCCGCCACUAUGUCCCUGCACGGCAAACGGAAGGAGAUCUACAAAUAUGAAGCGCCCUGGACUGUGUACGCCAUGAACUGGAGCGUACGGCCGGACAAGCGCUUUCGCCUGGCGCUGGGCAGCUUCGUGGAAGAGUACAACAACAAGGUUCAGCUCGUUGGCUUAGACGAGGAGAGCUCGGAGUUCAUUUGCCGAAACACCUUUGACCACCCAUACCCCACCACAAAGCUCAUGUGGAUUCCUGACACAAAAGGCGUCUACCCAGACCUUCUGGCGACCAGUGGUGACUAUCUGCGUGUGUGGAGGGUUGGUGAGACAGAGACCAGGCUGGAGUGCUUGCUAAACAAUAACAAGAACUCAGACUUCUGUGCUCCCCUGACCUCCUUUGACUGGAACGAGGUGGAUCCUUAUCUUCUAGGUACCUCAAGUAUUGACACAACCUGCACCAUCUGGGGACUGGAGACCGGGCAAGUGCUGGGACGAGUGAAUCUCGUGUCUGGCCAUGUGAAGACCCAGCUAAUUGCCCACGACAAAGAGGUCUACGACAUUGCAUUCAGCCGAGCCGGAGGCGGCAGGGACAUGUUUGCCUCUGUGGGUGCUGAUGGCUCUGUGAGGAUGUUUGACCUCCGCCAUCUGGAACACAGCACCAUCAUUUAUGAAGACCCACAGCAUCACCCACUGCUUCGCCUCUGCUGGAACAAGCAGGACCCUAACUACCUGGCCACCAUGGCCAUGGAUGGAAUGGAGGUGGUGAUUCUGGAUGUCCGAGUUCCCUGCACACCUGUCGCCAGGCUAAACAACCACCGAGCAUGCGUCAAUGGCAUUGCUUGGGCCCCACAUUCAUCCUGCCACAUCUGCACUGCAGCGGAUGACCAUCAGGCUCUCAUCUGGGACAUCCAGCAGAUGCCACGUGCCAUCGAGGACCCUAUUCUGGCCUACACAGCUGAAGGGGAGAUCAACAAUGUGCAGUGGGCCUCCACUCAGCCUGACUGGAUAGCCAUCUGCUACAACAACUGCCUCGAGAUUCUCCGCGUGUAGUGCUGGGCAC